GGGGAGGCUGGCCCUGGACCCUGUAGGUCCCUGGGGUGCUGCUUCCUGGGACCCCCGAUCUGUCUCCUCUAAUGGGACUGGCAUCGUAAAUGCGGUGUCCAUGGAUACGAGGCGUCACGACACGCUAAGUGAGAGGCUCGCGGGCAGGUAUAAAAGACGAGGCAGAGACGGACCCUGAACAGAACACAGGAGAUCCCACUGAAGAGACAUGCUGCACGAGGCCGCGCAACACCUGAACACCUUCAUCAGUGAUCCAGAUCCAUGCCUGAUGAUGGUGAUGAAACAAAGAUCUUCACCAUAUGAGAUGAAGCACAGUGAAGGUUCUCGUCCCCGGGUGUCCACCAACAGCCGUGAGCGUUGGAGGCAGCAGAACGUUAACGGAGCGUUCACCGAGCUGCGGCGCCUCAUCCCCACGCACCCACCUGACAGGAAGCUCAGCAAGAACGAGAUCCUGCGCCUGGCCCUUAGAUACAUCAACUUCCUGGAUGGGGUGCUGACAGAGCAGGAGCUCAGCGGGUCUCCCAGGAGCCAGGCAGGGUGUGUGGAGUUGGAGGACGGGCUGCGAGGGGUGCUGUCACCAAACUCCAGCUGUGAGAGUUCAGCUGACGGAGACUCUGACUGUGGAGGACCUCUGCAGCACCUCCACCUGAGUGCCAGGUACACCUGAGUGCCAGGUACACCUGAGGAGACUGACUGGAUCCAGUAUCCAGGCCUGGCGAUUGUGAUCUGAAACAGCGGUUUGGUCCUUUAAAAACACAUGUUGAUGUUUUGGACCGAGGUCAAAGGUCAUGUGAUAUUCACAUUUAUCAGUUUAUUUUAAAAAGUCAUCACGUGUUUGAUGGAGUGUUUAAUAUUAUUCCAAUAUGUGUGCUUUUUUUUCUGUCACUGAAGAAGAAAGAGUUUUAUUUUCUGUCAUAGAAGACAUGGUGUGUGUUUUCACAUUAAAGGAUUCUUAUGGCGUGAUUUUUCCAUGUUAAGGAGGAAGAUAUUUGGUUUGAUUUAUCUCUCUGAAAUAAUAGAUUGGUGUUUUAUUAUCUGUGAGGGAAGAAGAGAAAGGUUGAUUUGAAUUUCCUGUCAAAGAGGAUGAUGUGAAGUUUUAUUUUCUCUCAUAGAGGAAGAAGUCAGUGUAGAAGAGGAAAUGUGUGUGUGCUUAGUAUCUGCGCUCUCAGCAGAAGGAUCAGUAACCAGAUUCAGUUUUUUGUAAUUCAAAGAAACUUCUGGUGUUUUUAUUUGUUGAACUUCAUCCUGAUGUUUGUGUUGAAGUUGUGUUCAUGUUUGUAUCGAAAUAAAAAAUAAAAAUGUAAGAAACAUA